AGCAUAUCCAACGCCCGUCAUGGACGCGUCGCGGUCCGCGGCGGACCGUCCUCGGCAGAGAUCGGAGCUGGGAGCCAUCGACACGUCCGCGUCGAGCAGUCGUCCAACGAUGUCGCCAACCGCUGACGGCGCCACUCAAAGUCCACCCACGACCCUCCCAAACGCGAUUCGGCGAGGCACGAUCCGUCUGUUGACGUCGCUGCCAGCGUCGUUGGGCGGGUUGGACUCGAAAAAAAUGCGGCCCAAUAUCCUCACGACGGCGCACGGCGUGCUCCGGUUCAAGAAGAAGUUGCAAGAACGCGCCGAGGAGGCCGAGCGACGGCGGUUGGAAGUCAUGAGCUAUGCCACGCGCCACCAACACGUGCUCGAGACGUAUCAAAUCCGCGCGACCCAGACGUUCCCGCGAGUUCGCACCGCCAAGGACAAACGGACGUGGAUGAUGCUGUACCCCACGUCGACCGCGUUCAAGUUGUGGCAAUUGCUGCUCCUCGUGCUCGUGUACUACCAAAUGUUUGCCGUCCCGUACUCGCUUGCCUUUGACUCGAACGACGCGGACCCGUCCAACGACUACGUCAACCUUGUCAUGUCGUUGGUGUUUUGCGUCGAUGUCGUGGUGAACUUCAACACAGCGUUGAGCCAUCCGCGGACCCCCGACGCGUUUAUCACGGACCGACGACUUAUCGCAAAGACGUACCUGAUGGGCUGGUUCUUCAUGGACAUCGUGUCGAGUUUCCCCGUCGAUUUUGUCACGUACAUGAUCGAGCAAGCGUCGAACGAACGGCGCUUGAAUGUGUUGGCGGUCCUGAAAGUGGCGCGCCUGCCACGGUUGAUCAAAAUCUCGCGGCUGUCGCGGGUCCUCGAGUUUCUCCGACUCCCCAUGGAGUGGAAACGCUGGUUCUUGUACUCGCGGUACGCGCACUUGAUUCGGUUGAUCACGCUCGUCGUCGCGUUUGGCGUGAUUGUUCACGUGUUUGCGUGCGUGUGGUUUGGCGUUGUCGCUGACGACGAGUGGGCCCAAGUCAUCUACGACGCGAGCUUGGACGACGUGAACCCGUACCUGCUGAGCUUCUACCUGGCGCUUCAAACGAUUUUGGGACAGAAUCAACUGCUCCAGAACGAUCGCGAGUACACGUUCUCGAGCUGCGUGAUUCUCGUCGGCGCCGUCGUGAUGGCCGUCGUGUUUGGAAACGUCGCGAUCUUGAUUUCCAACUUUUACAACGACCAGAACCGGUACAAAAGCAAGAUGGAAACGCUGUUUUCUGGCAUGCGCCUCCUCCGGCUGCCCCGCGAGCUCCAAAUGCGCAUCCACGAGUAUUACCAGGCCAUGUACGAGCGAUACGGCACGCUCGACGGCCACCCCGAAAACUUCAAGGACGAGCUGUCGAAAAACUUGCGGGUCGAGGUCGAACUCUUCUUGCGCAUGGCGAUGAUUGUACGAACGCCGCUGUUCCGCGCGUGUAGCAACGAAGUCGUGCGGGAGCUCGUGAUGAAGCUUCGUUUUCAAGUGUACUUGCCAGACGACUUUGUCAUCGUUCGCGGCGAAGUCGGCCACGACAUGUACUUUAUUCAGAACGGCAGCUGCCAAGUCACGCAGACAAUGAUCAAGCGCCGAGCGACACGGUCGUGCCCAAAGGAUGCCGACACCGCGCCCAAGCGGAUGGGCCAAGGCGACUACUUUGGCGAAAUCGCGUUGCUGCUCAACUGCAAACGCACCGCCAACGUUCAAGCCAUCGAGUUUUCGGAGCUGUGCGUGCUGUCCCGUGUCAUGUUUGAAGAAGUUACGAGCAAAUACACGGAAGAUCGCACCGUGAUUGAAAAGUUUAUCACGGAAAAGUACGACCCCGAAGUGCUCCGGCAGGCAGUGGCCCAGCACGACAAGCAUCACGACAACGAUGCCAACCACGACGACGCUGUCAUCGAGUGCAUUCGCAAGCUGACGGACCGCGUGAUUCAAGUCGAAACCUUGUGCAUCGACUUGGAAACACGGCUACGCAUGCAGCAGCAUUUUCAGUCGAUGGCGUCGUCGAGCGACGUAUCGCCGAGCCACAUGGGGUUGUCCCGGCAAAUGUCGGCCCAGCGCGUCAUGUUUGGACGCCAACCGUCGUCGUCCAACCUCCCUGCGACGCCCCCCAACCUGUCCAUCCUGCGAGCCUCCAUCUCAAAGAAGAGCCUGCUCUCCCCGGCCACGUCGACUGCCCACCUCGGCCAUCCACCCAGCGAUGUCGACACGAUAUCUGAAACUCCAUCGUCCACGGUGGGCCAUUUCACGGCGCAAGCGUCGUUGGACCGCAGCGCAGCCCGGCGGCAUAUUUCACCGAUGGGGUAAUGAAAGGACGAAUCGUUCAUGGACGGUGGCCGGUGCGGAAGUUUUGUGUGG